AUGAAGCUUUCUCUGCUUGCACUUGGUGCCUUCAUUGGCCUGGCCUCGGCCCAGAAUGCCGUUGUGCACAACCACUGUGCUUCCACCGUCUAUGUGCAGUCGUUCCCUUACGACGGCAGCGCCCCUGGUCCUCUAACCACAGUCGCAAAGGGGGGAACUUUCUCUGAGAAGUUCAAGAAGUCUGGCUCGACUGUUAAGAUUUCCAAGACAAAGACCCUGACUACACCUCUCUUCUUUGGCUAUUCGUUCUCAUCCAACCCCGACUACGCAUACUAUGAAUUGAGCACCGAGUGGGGCAACCCAUUCGCCGCGAGCGCCAACUCGCUAAGCCCCGGCGAAGGCUGUGAGGUCUUUGACUGUGCCGCUGAUGAUCCCAGCUGCUACAGCACCCCAGCUCAUAAGAAGGUCUAUGGAUGCCCUCAGCCUGUCACUCUCACCGCGGACCUGUGUCAGUAG